AUGCAGCUACCGAAGAAACGAAAGCUGGACAACACUCUGGUGACCUCUCCACAUCCCCUGGAGAUCCGUCCCGAGGGAAAUGUGCUCUUAUUAACUAACGAAGAACGAAAACGAGCUUUUGAAGCGCGCAAAAACAGCCUGGGUGCACUGGUAGUCUUUCCUGACACUCUACUUUACUCCAUUGUCGGUGAAAUUGGAGACGCCGAAUCCAUUCGAAAUUUCGGCUUUGCCUCUAAAUUCUGCUACGCCUUUGCCUGGCAGGACGAGCUGUGGAAGGAGCUGUUUGUGGAGGAUGAACGACAGAUCAAGGAAUGGAAGGGGACCUGGAGACGAAGCUAUUGGGGUCUUUCACGUGACCAGGAGGCUCGUGUCAAGUGCUCUAUCAUUGAGCCUGGUUCUACAGCGUCUGGUGACUCUAUCAAGACGUAUCUUUACUCUGAUCUUCUCUACCGACCAUUCCAGUGCUCACAAGUGGACUUUGAAUCGUACAUCAAGAGAGGUCUUAGUCAACUCAAGAAACACACAAAUCUCGACAUUGAACGUAUUAGUGAACCAUUAACUGAGGAACAGUUCCAAGCCAAGUCAGACCAACCGUUUAUCCUUACUGAGGAAUAUCCUCGAGGAGACGGCAACGAACAGUGCUCGUGGACGGAGUCACGUGAUUUGUUCAGUGUGGCGAAACUCGUGGAGAAGUUUGGCCACGUGAUUUUCCGUCAGGAGUGCGUCGACUGGCCUCUUGGGGUCUAUGAGGGUUAUAUGAAGGACAAUGUUGAUGAGUCUCCUUUGUAUCUGUUUGAUUGUCGCUCUCAGGUUAUGAAGGGCAAGUUAGGGGAAGCUGAUGGUGAUACUGCUGAGAAGAAGCCCUUCCGAUCGACAUAUAUUGACCCCUAUAUUCCCUCCAUUUUCAAGACUGAUCUGUUCACUCUAUGUGGAUCUGCUCGCCCGGACUACUCGUGGAUGAUCAUUGGGCCUCGAAAUUCCGGCUCCACCUUCCACAAAGACCCCAACUCGACCUGUGCUUGGAACUCGAUUCUUAAGGGCGCCAAGUAUUGGGUCAUGUUUCCUCCAAAUGUCACUCCUCCUGGAAUUUACACUGAUGGAGAAGAAUCAGAGGUGACUUCUCCUUGUUCUCUGGCUGAGUGGUUUCUGGGAGGCUUUUACAAUGAUGUCGUCAUGGAAGGACUGACUCAGCAAGAUGAUGGAACAGGGAACUUCUCUCCUCCUUUUCUGCAUGGUAUGUGUCAGGAAGGAGAGACCAUGUAUGUCCCUGCAGGCUGGUGGCAUAUGGUGGUCAAUGUUUGCGAUGCAGAGUGUGUUGCUGUGACUCAGAACUUCAUUCCUCGGGGUCAGAAGCUCGUGGAAGCACUCAAGUUCCUUAGAGACAAACCUGACCAGAUCUCUGGUUUCCAAUGUGAGAAGGUGGCGUUGUGGGCUGACAAGCUAGGCGUUCCAGAUGCUCCUAUUUACGACCUGUUUGUCAAAGUGUUGGAGGAGUCUGAGUACAAGGGAGACUUGGAGAGUGCAUUGGAGAAGCUGCCUAAGAAAAAGGAGGAGAAGAAGAAUGUCUGGCAGGAGCUGACUGAGGACAAAGACAUGGGAUUUAGUUUUGGUUUUGCUUAA